AGUGGUAACGGUGCUUGUUCCAGUGUUACCAACAUAUUUGUCUCCAAUGUCACCAAUGUUAUAUAACCACAGAACUACAAAAGUUUCUAUUUAUGGCAUUAUGAUGGUUGCGACUUGUCAGUUGCGUUUUGUCAGCGUCACUCUAGUUUCGAAAUGUCUCGUUACAAAAAACUAUGCUAAUUGAUUUCAUGGAAGACCACCCACAAUUGGUGUCUCAAAAACAAACAAACCAAUACACCAGUGCAGACGCCCGCAAGUUAUGGGUGGAGUUGAGCGAAAAGUUAAAUGCAAUUCCUGGGGCCACUAAGCAAUGUACUGAAUGGGGAAAGGCAUGGUACUUCUGUUGUAAUAACGAAUUCACUAGAAUACUAGGAUCUAUCGUUAAAACACGGCAAUAGAGACUCAUCGAGAAGUCAGAAAAUAAAAAGGAAGCUAGCCAGACCGGAGGUGGACCAAGCUCGGCAGAGAGCCUGAAUGAAAUCGAUGACAAAGUCUUGGAAAUAAUG